UUUCUAAAAAAAAAAUUUCAACCAUUCUGCACUCUCUACAACGUCUAUCCAACUCAGCAUCGUCUAGCGCCUUACUGCGAAACGCGGCAGCCUAUGAUUACUACCAUGUCUGAUAGCCCCUCCUCUGUUGCCAAAAAAAACAAAUCGCAAAAACCUCCCUUCAACCCGCCACCCGAUGCACCGCUCAGCCCGUUCUCAACCUACGAACAACCCACCCUAGUCAAUCGCCCAUCCCACUCGACACCAACCCGCGUCAACGCCUCCCCCUUUACACUCUCUUCCUACCUCCUGGAGGAAAUCCUCGGCUGCGCCAACUCCGACACACACUCCACACCUCUAUACCAAAACAAAGUCGCCGAUUUCCUCAAAGCACCCCUGGAGCUCGAAUCGCUCCUCUUUUACGGGUUCUGUAUCUGCCUCGACUCCUUUGUCUUCGUCCUCGCAUGCCUCCCCAUCAGACUCAUAAUCUUGUCCGUACAAUUCGUCUGUAAGCGCGGAUGCCCACCGAAACGCUUUUCUCUCUCCGACAAGCAACUCUACGACCUCCUACGCGCCUUCAUCAUCCUCGUCUGCACCGCCGGUCUCUGCACCCUAGACUAUUCCCACCUCUAUCAUUUCAUACGCAGUCAAAACGCAUUCAAGCUAUACGUAAUCUACAACCUCCUGGAAGUGUUAGAGAGACUCUGCUGCAGCUUCGGACGAGACUUCGAUGAACUCUACCCCCUUUGUUGUAAACUAAAAAGAACCUCUAACCCAAACUUCUUUCUAAGACAAUUCAAAAGACUCUCCUUCUUCCCCAACUACUUGGUGAUCGUCUGCUACACCUUCGUUCACUCACUCCUCCUCUAUAUAAAAGUCAUCUCCCUCAACGUAACCGUCAAUGCCUACAAUCACUCCCUCCUAACACUCAUGGUAAGUAACAACUUCGUCGAACUCAAAGGUAACGUUUUCAAAAACUUCAAAAUAGAAAACAUCUUUCAAAUCACCUGCGCAGACAUCGUCGAAAGGUUUCAAAAUAUCGUCUUCCUGGGAAUCGUCUGUCUCAACAACCUCCAAGACAUCUCGUGGGAACUCACCCCUGAUCUCUUGAGUUCGAUGCUCCAAACCGUCUUCCUGGUCACGAUAUCCGAAGUCAUUGUAGACUCAAUAAAACAUGCGUUUAUUCUAAAAUUCAAUCAAACGACCAGCUUAAUCUACAAACAAUUCGGAAAAAAAAUCGCCAAUGAAUUGCUGGACAUCGAGCGUGUAUAUCCAGACUCUUCGACCAGAGCUGUCAAGGUCAUCGGCUUCCUACCUUAUCCGCUAACUUGCGUCGUCUUCAGAAUAUUCAUAGGUACUCUAACCUCCUCCGUCUACUCAACCGUCACAAUCGUCUCAAUCACCUGGGCUGUCUCCAUGCUCUUCAAAUUGCUCUUCUCGCUCAUUGUCACCAAGCUGGGCGCGUCGAAGCUCAAACAGUCGCUCGAAAAGGAACCAAAAUAGCUGUACAACACCAACCGAAAAAACGAUCGCCCUCUAUAUAAACAACAGUCUUCCCCCUUUGUGAAAAAGGCCCCUCAAUCUUACUCAAUAGACCGACACAACCCGCAAAAGCUCACAGGUGGCCCUUUGUGCGAAAAAGAAACGUAUUCGCCUUCAUUCCGCUAAUAAAUCAGCAUCUUGACUGUGCUGGCGUAUGGAAGCGACGGAGAGCCGUAAGCAUUCGCAAACGCACUUCUCCUAAUCAAAUACUGGGACACGUAGCUAUCUUGUUUAUCCCGCACAACCAUGUUCGCCAUAAUCGCCGUACAUCUCGCAAGCAACGGCAAAAUAGACUUGGUAACCACCAUUCCGUGAAUAAGAGGACCAAAGGAACCCACGUUCCUUUUCUUAGCGACCCCCAAUCGAAAAAGACCGUUUUUUAACGGAAAAAUGAUAAUGUGUGCAUCGUUGAAACUUGACGUAAUCGUUUGGGUAUUGUAAUCUCUUACGUGCUCGCUCCAUACGAUGUGAACAAUAUCAUUGCCAACGUGACGCUUCUUCAAAAUUUGCUGUGGGUCUUUUUGAACCGUCGGCAUGCGCACCACCUCAUGAAAGACGAGCUCAUUCAACAUGGACCUCCAAUAGAGCAUCGUCGUUCCAACUGAUUUCGAUCGGUCCAAACCACCUGUAUAUCCACGAUGCGUUUCUAAAUCAACCACAACCGCCAACCUUCGAGAAAACUCCUUGUACUCCGCUGAAAUCCACGACGUGUAAUCAUUCUUCAGUAUUUCAUUCUGAUCUUGCUGCUUCUUGACGUAAAUCAAGCCAACUUUGACCAAGUCCUGACCGUGCGUCUCAUUGUCUAUCUGCUUGACAAUACGCUUGAAACGAGUGUUCAAACUAUCGUGGAAUUGGAAACCAGUAGUCCAAGACAUAUUCAACAUCAUCCAAAUCUGUCUGGAUGCGUAAAAAGUACUCAACGUCGAAGUUGGGCUAAACGGUCGAUACGCAUAACUCUGUGAACCCGCAUUCCGCAACCUGGCCUCCUUUCUCAAAUCAAAAAGCUUCCUUUCCAACCUAAUAGCCUCUGCCAUCUCUAGAAACUGCUUCUGAUGACUGGCGGUCAACUUCCGAGUCUCGGCGUCUGCUUGGUGUUUGGACACCAUCUUUCGAUGCAUCUUAAUAAGAGACUCGAUGUCCAUAUCCGUGAGCGGCUGAAGCUUAUUGCUGCCAGUCGCGGGAGACGACUGCUCUUUCGAAUGAUCAUGGCCAUGCCCUGAAUUAUACAUAACCGAAAGUGAAUAACGCUCUUUCAGCGUUUCCCAGGUCGACCCCUCAUCAUCACUUAAAUCUAUGACUUCUUCGACCUUGUGAACAACUAAACCUCCGAACUGCAAAUAUACUGGAAACAUGUCCCACGUGUAUCUACCAGAAUAGUCGCGAAUAAACAGCCGACAAAAGCGCUGUUUCGACGUUUCCCAAAGCCCCGAUGCUCUAAAUUUACCAAAAAAUGCACACAGAAGAGACCAAACAAUUUGAUUGCUCGGCAUCGCAUUUUCUCCAAUCCUUUUCAAUUCCUUCGAUAACUCGGGACAACCAGCAGAUGAUAUAUCUUUGGCUCGAUUCACCAACUUGGAUAUUCUCUCUCUGACCGACGCCUCCCUCCAUUUUGAUAUUGUUUUUAACUCUUUCAAUUCAAAGUGCAAGUUCAACAAGUCUAUCAUAUUGUUUUCUUCCAUGUAAGCUGCAAAAAAAUGCAAACCAUGUCCGGACGAAAUGACAAAUUUCAGUGCAGACGCAAGAUCCGGAUCUUGUUCUUCGGUUUUGUGACAAUAACGAUCGCAAACUCCAAACAAA